AUGCCAUUCCUGAUACACUUCCGGAUAGCCCAGCUUACGCACAGGUCGUUCUGGAGAGCCCGCCCGCCUCUUUCCCAGGCUGAGGAUCUUCCGGGCACCCCUGCCACCCUCUUUAGCGACUCUCAGUUUACAAGGGCUGGUACUAGCUCUUGGUCCGGGUCGGCGGCAGUGCAGACUAGGUCCUGGGCUCGCUCAGCAGCGAUCCUCAGAGCCGAAGUAGGGCGGCUGUGCAGAGGUCGACCUGCAGUAAUAACCCGAUCGCUUCUAGUUCCUUUACAGAAUAAGCAGCCCAGGGUUCAGCUCCCGGAAUCGGGCACAUUGUCGGUGGGCGAGAAGCAGCAGCAGGAGGAGGAGCUGUUGGGAUAUGAGUGCUCACCAGCUGCAUGA